AUGUACGCACUUCAGUGGCGCAUCAAGUCGCUCUUGGCAUCACUGGGGGAUUCACCUGGUUUAUCGGCUGAAACGGAAGCGCGAUGGCAGCAGCAGUGCAGCGAUCAGAUUUCGUUCUUCGUGUCGGGAGUGUCGGAUACUUUGCUGCUGCUGAACACUUUGAAGUCAACCGAAGAUCGGUCAGCGUUUUUGAGAAUGCUGGAAGCCGAAAUGGAGGAUCGCGUCGGCAAGUACACCUCCGAUCAACUCACGGUGAUGGAGAAAGCUUACAAAGAUAUUGCCAGCAAAAUUGAGAGUGAUGGCGAUUUGUCGGAGCUCACUCCGGAGUGGUUCAUCCCCUGGUACGAGUUGGUCGUGGAUGAGUGGAAAUGCCUGGGUGAAGGUGGGUUUGGCAGUGUAAACCGAGCUAGGUGGCUGGACUCGGACGUGGUGGUAAAACGAGUCAACUUAGCAGGAGGUUCACACACAUUGGCGAUGUUUCGCCGCGAAGUCGACAUUUGGUUCGGCUUCAGUCACCCUCAUGUCGUUCGGCUCUUUGGUGCCUGCCACGUGGGCAAACCCUUCUUCGUCUGCGAAUACGCUCCCAACGGGACGUUGGUCAGCUACCUGCGAAAGAAUCCCGACGAGAUAUGGGCGAAGCUGCACGAGGCUGCACUGGGCGUUCAGUAUCUCCACGCUCGAGACGUCGUGCACGGAGACCUGAAAGGGAACAACAUCGUGAUCGGGAGUGACAUGAAGGCGAAGGUGACGGACUUUGGGUUGAGCUCGGUAGCAAGUGGAGAGGACAAGACGUUGGUGUCAGGCGCAUGGAACUGGGUGGCCCCGGAGCUACUC